AUGGAUAAUCGUGGUGUUCCUCAUGCUCCCACAGGAGUUGUCUCGAGCAAUUCCCCUCUAAAGAUCAGGGUCUCGCAAGCAAACCAUCGUGCAUGGCUUGAGAGCAUUCGUCGGGUAAAUAAACUCAGUGUUUAUCCUUCGAUAAAGGCUUCUGCCAUCGAAGGCACUUCACAGCGAAACCCUCUAUCGAUGUCUGUGAUGAAGCGCGCAUCCGCCGUUGUUGUCUCACAGGGAUACAGUGUCGUUAGGGAUGCCUUCAGAGUCGAGAAUAAUAUCAUUACGAUCAAAUUGUCGGAUGGUGAAGGGAGAGAACCACCACCUGACGAAUAUGAUCUCGAAGACAAAACAUUCUCAGUUUAUAAAGUUGUUGGACUUGAUGAUGCUGCAUCGGUGCACUGGCGAACAACCAUCGGAAAGCUAUUAGCAGUUCAUACCUUAGGGAGACCAUUGCGUCCAAGUGAGCCGAAGUGGAAGCUGGGAAGGUUUCCCAAGGGCUACACUUUGUAUGUCCACUUGAAUGGAGAGAUGUCAAACAAGCUCAAUGCCAGACGUGAUUAUUACCUCUAUGGAUCUACAACCUCGAAGGUGCCCUGCUUUCGAUCCCCAUAUGAAUUUGCCUUUCAUGUGGAGUGGUUGAUGAAAAGCAUGCCUACAAAGCCAAACCAUCUUCCAGACUGUCGAUGCACAUAUUGUAGUGGAGUCAAACAAUGGGAGGUAACCCAAAUGCUGAGAGGAAAAGAUAUUCGAAACCAGAAGAAUAAUCCUCAUCAGGUUAGAAAUACGAGGAAGCUCAAAGCUUUGUAUAAGCCUAUCAGAACAAAGGAUAAUACUCACAUGGAAUCUAUAUGA